AUGCCCCGUGGCGGAUCGCUGUCCACCUUUGGCAACAUCGGUCAGCAGCUGGCGAUGCCCACCAUCAAGGACAACAAGUAUCAGCUGUCGCUGGACAUGCGCAACUUUGACCCGUCGGAGAUCUCGGUGAAGAUGGACAAGGACUCGCUGCAGAUCACCGGCAAGCGCGAGAAGAAGGAAGAGGACGGCCGAUACGUGUACCGCGAGUACGUGCAGCACUUCACCGUCCCGGAGAACGUCAAGUCGGAGGAGCUCAAGUGCCAGCUGGACAAACAGGGCUACCUCAAGAUGGAGGCCCCGCUGAAGGUGCCCCAGGUGGAGGAGAACAAGGAGCGCACCAUUCCCAUUGAGUUCGUCAAGAAAUAA